UAUAAUAGUGAAGAAAAAAUAUAUUGUGGCUCCGUUUGCCGCAACCUAUAUGUCUAUAUGUAUGCGCGUGUGUGUCUGUGUGUGUGUGUGUGUGUGUAAUUAGAGUGACAAAUUAAAGGAUGCGGAUGUGCGGGCGAGAUUCAUGAAAAUUGCAAAUUACGCCAAAGUACCUAGAAGAGUUUUCGAUUGUCGCAGAGUCCCUCCGUGUGCCUCUGUGUGCGUGUGUCCCUGUCUGCGUAUGUGAGUGUGUAACCCAGAAUCAGAGCAAAUGCAGGGUAACUGAAGCUGAAGGACAACGACUCAACGAGAUGCCGCCGACAUUGCCGUUGUGUAUGCAAAACAACGAAGCAAUUGCCGUCAGCAGCAGAAGCCUUGAAUGUCCUGCUCCUGCUUCUGCUCCUGCUGAUGCUGAUGCCGACAGCAACAACUGAUGGAGAGAAGAAGAAGAAGAAAAAGCAGCAGCAGCAACAACAACAACAACGUGAACAUCAUGAUGCAGUUAGAAAUGCAGCGUAGAAUGCAUCAAAGGUGGCGAACAUAUAAAUAACACAAGGACAUGCCAUCAGGGCAAACUAUAUAUAUAUAAAGUACGUUAAAGUACAAGAGAGUAUAAAGAGUAAACGCACAUCUAGGCUAAUGACAAAAUAUUCAAUUUGAAAAUAAAUUUGUCAAAUGAUAUAUAUUUUCAAGCUUAAUGCAAUCAAAGCGGAACGACACGAAAAGUGCUCUAAGUGAAUUUACCCAAAUAUAAUUGCCUUGUGCCCAAAAAUAACACAAGCAAAACACAGACAAAACUAACAGCAUUCAAAACGAGGACGAAAGGACGAAAAAAUCACAAGCUAAGCAAAAGCAAACAUUCGUAACGGUCACGGAGAGUGAGACCUGGGUGGAAAAAAAAAAACAAAACCGUGGGCACUGCCAAGCUUGAGUGUCAGUCACACAGUCUGAGUGUGCAAGUGCUGACGACGUUCUUACCUGCCUGCCUGCCUGCCUACCUAUCUUCCUACCUAGUUGGCGCUUAACCUGAUUAACACAAGUUUUGUCCUUUAAACACACACACACACAUCCUGGCCUGGUAGGACGUUCAUAUGGCUGGCAGCAUCUACCGCAAACGAAGACGCCAUCAGUCAGCCAGUCAAUGUGAAUGUGAAUGAAAAGAAAUAGUAUUCAACAUAACCUCGCCUAAAUGAAGAAUGAAGAAACAAAAUGUGCGCACGAUAUCCUUGAUCGUGUGUACAUUUACAUAUUUACUUGUGGGCGCCGCUGUCUUUGAUGCACUCGAAUCGGAAACGGAAAAACGUCGUUGGGAGGCGUUGCAAGCUGUUGAGGACAUGAUUAUACGCAAAUACAAUAUAUCACAGGAGGACUUUAAAGUCAUGGAGACUGUGGUGCUCAAAUCGGAACCGCACAAGGCCGGUCAACAGUGGAAGUUCACUGGUGCAUUCUAUUAUGCAACCACAGUGUUGACGACCAUUGGCUAUGGACACUCAACACCCAGCACGGUGGGCGGAAAGCUCUUUACAAUGUGUUAUGCAAUUGUGGGCAUACCCCUGGGUCUUGUUAUGUUCCAGAGCAUCGGAGAAAGAGUGAAUAGACUGAGCAGCUAUGUUAUCAAAGCGGUGCGGACAUCGCUACGCUGCAAACGAACUGUUGCCUCUGAAGUGGAUCUCAUAUGCGUUGUCACGACGCUCAGUUCACUGACGAUAGCGGGCGGUGCUGCAGCCUUUUCGAGAUUCGAAGGUUGGAGCUACUUUGAUUCAGUAUAUUACUGUUUUAUUACUUUAACCACGAUAGGCUUUGGCGAUAUGGUAGCUUUGCAAAAGGAUAAUGCACUGAAUAGAAAACCCGAAUAUGUUAUGUUCGCACUGAUAUUUAUACUCUUCGGCCUGGCAAUUGUGGCCGCCUCACUGAACUUGUUAGUACUUAGGUUUGUUACAAUGAAUACGGAGGAUGAGCGCCGUGAUGAGGCCCAGGCCAUGCAGUUUAUGUCCAAGUCCACUUUAUGGACCAAUGAGGCACUACAAGUGGCUGUCAAACUGGAGGGCGAUGUGAUAACAUCCAAUGGUUCCAUAUUAAGCGGCUACGAAGGACACGAUGGCCAAUCACUCAACGGAACGAAUACAUCAUCAAUGUGUUCAUGUCAUUGUAUGUGUCUUAAUGGAAACCGACAUAAAAAGAGUAACAACUUUAAGAAAAACAACGAUACUGAAAAUCAGUACAAGUUGCGUCGCUCACCCACACAGAUAAGGCAUCUGCUGCCCGAGGUGGUGCCCAUGCAGCAUUUGAAUUAUAAUUAUGAUUAUGAUACGCAAAGUCUUCAGACUAUGGGUGAUCAUGGCGGUGGUGUUGGUGGUGGUAUGGACAGCAGUUAUAUGGGUGUCGAUAUGGUGGAUAAUACGAGUAAUGGUUCACCAAUGAGGUCACAUCAAUUGCUGAAACGGAAUGUCUCACUUUUAUCAUUUCGCAUAUAAAAAAAAUAACAUGAGAAUAAUGUGGUUACAACGAAUGAGUGAUCGAUCCCUGAAUCCCAUAUAUCUCUGAUCCAUGCCCUGCUAAGUAACAACAACAACAACAACAACAACAAAUUGCAAGUGAUAAAAAGGCUCUAAAUAGUACUUAAAUAAAAAUCUAAAAGAAAAACCUAAAUCUACUUAAAAUGAAAACUGAUUGUAGAACAGACUCUCUAUAUAAGGAAAAUUUGAAUUGAGAAAUGUGACAAGCAAAAAAAAAACAAAAACAAAUUGUAAUGCGCGAAUCCGUAAUGCUAUUUAGUACAUAUAUAGAUACUAUAUAUGUGUGUGUGUGCAUUUACAAUGUAAAUUAGUGCAUAAAUUAAUAUAGAACUUAUCGUGUAGUAGGGCAUUACUAGAGAAUUAUAUACAUGUAUCUAAUUGCUCUGUAUGUAAUUGAUAUUAUACCGAAUUAUAAGACACACUAUACAAUUGAAUGUGAACCACUGCCAUUUCCGUGCGAUAAAAACAAGAAAUUGUAUCUAAAAAAAACAAACAAAAAACCCAUGUUAGUCUCCUUUUCCCCCCUCCCCUACUAAACUUACUCUAAAUCGUAACACCAAAGUAAAGACCUCACCACCUCCCCCAAGCAUCCAAGAAAUGAAUGAGAACUAGUGCUGCCUCUACACCCCCUCGCAACAGAGAGGGGGCUUUCAUUUAAUCUCCACUACUAAGCAAAAUCGAACAGGUGUCAAAUUAAUUGCUGUAAAUAAUUAAUAAUUGAUUAACAAAAAGAAACACACACACACACACAUAAAAAACUAAUCGAUUAACGAAACCAAAAUCUCGUUUUAAUCCACUCUUGAUUAUAUAAGAUUUAAUUCUUAAAAACAAAAAAAAAAGAUGACAAAUUGAUAUUAGUUUAUGAUCCAUUGUAUGCAUAUAUUAUUAUAUAUUAUAAUAAAUAUGUAUGUAGUUUAGUUAGUUAGUAGCCGCAUCUUCAGCCAAAUAACAGCUCAAAACUUAUGUCUGUAGAUUCGAAUACACUCACACAAAUACAUAUAUCUCCAUGAUGUGCCAAAUGUUAAGUGAACCGAUGAACCAAUUAUGCCAAUUGAAAUCCGUUGCCAAUCGAAUCCAAGUCCCCCGUGUAAAAACAGACAGCAUUUAGUUUUUAGUUAUUAUUAUAAAGGUCAACACAAAUUUUGCAAUACAUUUACAAGUAUGCGAUUUUGUCUAUUAAGAAUUUAGAUCAUUUUAUAAUUUAAAAUCGAGACAUUAUACAAAAAAACACACACACACAAUCUGAAUUUCAGUCAAAUGCUUUAAGAA